GUUACAUAAUACUCCAUGCGGCACAAAGGGGAGUUACGAGCCAGAGUUCAGCAUCAUUAGUUAAUGAUUAUUUUUUUAAGAGCACCUUUGAAAAUGAAUCCGGCCACAGCAUGCUUUUGUCUUGACAAACAGGCACCAUGAAGUUGGGGCAGCGUCUCUCUGUUUGUGUCCUGCUGCUACUUUGCGUGAUAUGGGGAGCAAAUGGAGGGAACAUUUUGGUCUGGUACACUGAAGGCAGCCACUGGAUUAACAUGAAGCCUGUGCUGGAGACGCUGAUCGACAGGGGACACCAGGUGACGGUUCUGGUGCCGAGCACAUCGCUGUUCAUGAACACUAGUGAGCCUUCUCGCUUUGGCUACGAACCCUUCAAUGUCACUGUCAAAAAAGAGAACAUGGAGGGCAUCCUAAAUGACUUCAUUCGCUUCUCCAUGUAUGAAAUGGAUCAAAUGAGCUACUUGCAGUUAUACAUAAGAUACAUGGAUCUGAUGAAGGUCAACCUGCAGUAUUCUUUGAAAUAUUUGGACGGUGUGCUAAAAUCAGAAACCAUCAUGAAGAAGCUGAAGGAGGGAAAAUAUGACCUUCUCCUGGCUGACCCAAUCUACCCUGGCAGUGACUUAUUAGCAGAUAUUUUGGGCAUCCCCCUGGUCUUCACCCUGCGCUUUUCCCUAGCCAAUAACUGGGAGAGACACUGUGGUCAGCAACCCGCUCCACCUUCCUUUGUCCCUGGCGCUAUGAGCAAACUGACUGACAAAAUGGACUUCUCAGAGAGAGUGUGGAACUUUCUCUUCUACGCACUGCAGGACAUCGUGAUUGAUGAUGUUAUUUGGAAAGAAGUAGAUAAAUAUUACUCUGAGGUCAAAGGAACACCCACCAGUGCCUGUGAGAUGAUGGGUAGAGCAGACAUCUGGUUAAUACGAACCUACUGGGAUUUUGAAUUCCCUCGUCCUUUACUCCCUAACUUCAAAUAUGUUGGCGGGAUCCACUGCAGACCUGCUAAACCUUUACCAGAGGAUAUGGAGGAGUUUGUGCAGACUUCUGGAGACGCUGGCAUUGUGGUCUUUACUUUGGGAUCAUUCAUCAAGAACAUCACCACAGAGAAGGGAAACAUGAUAGCCUCAGCCCUCGCUCAGAUCCCACAAAAGGUGCUGUGGAGAUACAGUGGAGAAAAACCAGCAACUCUGGGUGCCAACACCAGAAUAUAUGACUGGAUCCCUCAGAAUGACCUACUGGGUCACCCCAAGACCAGAGCUUUCAUCACCCAUGGUGGCACAAAUGGGAUUUACGAGGCCAUCUACCACGGUGUUCCCAUGGUGGGCAUCCCCAUGUUUGCUGACCAGCCAGACAACAUGGUCCAUAUUAAGGCUAAGGGAGCUGGAAUUAUAGUGGACUUCAACUUCAUGAAGACUGAGGACCUUAGAGAUGCAAUCAAUGCUGUCAUCAGUGAGAAAUCGUACAAGGACAAUGUAAUGCAGCUGUCCAGUAUCCACCACGACAGACCAAUGAGUGCUCGAGAUGAGGCAGUAUUCUGGAUCGAGUACACCAUGAGAAACAAAGGGGCCAAGCACCUGCGGGUUCAGGCCCAUGAGCUCACCUGGUACCAGUAUCACAGCCUGGAUGUCCUGGCCUUCCUCCUCGCCGUCGUUCUGUUCAUCUUACUUCUCUUCAUCAAGACCUGCACAUUCUGCUUCCAGAGGUGCUGCGGCAGAAAGGGAAAGACAAAGAGAAAGGCGGAGUAACUGACUGAAUAGAAAUGUUGUGCCACCUGGUUGUCGUGUUGGUCUAAAUAAUGUAAUGUAACCACAACGCCCUGGACUGUAACUUGUGGCUUGGGACCAACAAUUGUCACUACUACUAAUUUGAGCAAAUGAAUAAAAAGUUAAACAAAAUGUGUCUUCAUGUAAAACUCCAAACAACGUACCGUAUGCAAGGUGUUGUUUCACUUGUUUUGUCAACAUGAACUCAGGUUCAGUCAGCCUAGCCUGAAAAACUGAAGUUAAAACAUUGUUAGCCUCUACAUGGACAAUUACUAUAUAUUUACAUUUCAUUAUGUGUGAAUUCUUAAUUUGUUCUUUUGUGUAUCCUUUUUCACGGCAUACAUGUUAACAUGUCAUAGUAGGAAAAGCACAGGUGUAUUCAAAACCAUUAAUGAUGGCUGCAAUCCACUUAGGAGAGGCCCUGGUAUUGUGCAUGCUGACUCACUGAAAUAGCUUACUGGGACACUUAAUGGAAUUGAGCCAUCGUUAAGGUUAUCAAUUUCAGCUGUGCUUUUCCUACUAUGACAAGUCAAAGUGUCUGCUGUGAAAGAGGUCAUAACUGCACCUGAGGCCAAUCAGACAUUAAACACUGAAUGUUCAUUGGUUGGUGUAGUCGGAAAAAUAAAAUAAAAUAAAAAACACACACACACACAAAGGGAUUUCAUUAUGUGCCUUUACUUGGAUAAUACUUUUGACACCCCACCCCUUCAGGUUUUCACAAAUAUGUAUACAGUAAUGGAAACAUGGGCUGUAAAUCAAAAUUUAACAUACAGAAAAUACUGUAUUAACAUAAAUUAGGUAAUUUAAUCAAAU